AUGUCUGACGGCAGUGACGUGUGGGAGUCAGCUGGCAGUGGGGCAAGGGAUUUACUAGAGGACAAUAAAGACACAAGUGGAUUUUCUGAACAUGAACUCCUCGACAUCAUGUAUAAUGCAUGUAACACCUCCAACACAGGAGACGUGUCGGCCUCCACCAUCGUUCAGUACCUGCAGACCAUGACGGCUCAGAGUCCGGAGCAGGACAGACUGGCAUCUCUGAGACGGCUGCUGGACCCGGACUGUCAGGACCCUCCAGUCAGCAGAGAGAUCUUCCACUCCACCAUGAGGGAGUGGAUCGCACAGUGCAGCCAGGACAGCUCUGAUGUGGACAGCAGUCAUGUUUCUUGGCCUGACUCUUCUAAAGUGCCUGUGAACGGACUGGAUUUCUCAGCUCCUCAAAGCAAAGCUGCCUCCUCAGAAAGCCACCAGUGUUCUUGUGAUGGAAAAGACCUGUUAGGCACCGUGGCCGAACUGAAGCACGCUCACCGCAAGCUGAGCGAGCAGAACAGCAGCCUGCUGAGGACGGCAGCUCAGUGUGAAGACGUGAACCUGCAGCUCACUUUGGAGGUGACGGAGGUGCGAGCGAAGCUGGCCAGUGCUCAGCGGUCAGCAGUGAGAAUCAGAUCUCUGACAGAAGAACUGGAAGAGACCCGCCGGUCGUUUAAAGAGGCCCAGGAGAGAGCCAACCGCACCCAGACCAGCUGCACCAAACUGGUACAUCAAACACUUUACGGUCUCCCAGUGAAGAUUCCUGCUAUGUUGGAUUAA